AUGGAAGCAAUCGUGGCCAAUGAACCAGGGCCUCCUGAUGUGCUACACCUCGAGAGUUACCCUAGACCUCCCCCUAAAAGUGGGGAGAUCCUAAUUGAAGUCAAAGCAUUUGGUCUUAGUCGCUCUGACAUCCUCGCCCGGCAGGGCCAUACAGCCGAUGCCAAGUUUCCACAAAUAAUGGGUCGGGAGGCUGUUGGCAUUGUGACAGCGGGUGAGGGUACAGUCACGCCAGGAACGAGAGUCGUUGCUAUGAUAACGGACUUACUUCCAGAAUACCCGGGCAGCUAUGCACAGUACACUCGUGUCCCUGCUACCCACGUUCGAAGAGUCCACCCACUAUGUAAGCUCUCGUGGGAACACCUCACCGUCUUUUCAGAAAUGAUCCCGACUGCGUGGAAUGCCCUGUUUCGCGCCCUACGUCUGCAUCCAGAUGAUCGUCUGUUGAUCCGUGGCGGCACAACAUCCAUUGGUCUUGCAGCAGCGUGUAUCGCUAAGCGACAUUGCUCUUUCAUAGCUUCCACUACCCGACAGGAAUCCCGGAAGGAGCUUUUGGAGGGUGUGGGGGUCAAUAAGGUCUUGAUUGAUGAUGGGUCUCUAUCACAACAGAUCAAGUCAGAAGGACUGGAGUUCACAAAGGUUCUUGAUCUGAUUGGUGCAAAAAGUAUAGCUGAUUCCUUGCAAUGUGUAAGACCAUACGGAAUUGUUUGCCAGGCCGGAACGAUAGGUGGCGACUCAACAAUUUCAGACUUCAAUCCGAUGGAUGCUGUUCCGUCUACUGUAUCCCUCACAACCUAUAAAAGCUCCGCGGAAGACUUCAGAAACUUCCCACUGGACGUGCUGUGCCAUGAAGUCGAAUCUGGUCACUUGAAGCUGCCAAAUAUCCGAAUUUAUUUCUCCAACCAGAUUGUCGAAGCACAUCGAAGCAUGGAAGCGAAUCGUGCGGAAGGCAAAGUCGUGGUGCUUUGCUGUUCUGCCACUCGAGGAGUUCGAUGCUGCUCGCUUCUCGAACACAGACCUGGAUUUAUCCAGUUUAGCUGCAUUCGGAGAGAAGCGCAAAUGCGCCAGGUGAAGAAGCCAAAAGCCUGA